CUUCGCACUUAACCAAGAAUCAAGAAAUAGUAGGCAUCUAAGAUGGCAUUGCAGACAGAUUUACCAGCAAACAGCAUGCAGAACUUCCGUCCAUUGGCUGACUUCCCUCCCACAGAAUGGGGUUUUAGCUUCGUUUCGUUUUCGUUCCCAGAAAUGGAAUUCGAAUCAUACAAUAGACAAGUAGAAGAGUUGAAGACUAUUGCGAUGGGCAUGUUAAUGGCUUCUAAAAAGGAUCCUGUUGAAAACGUUGAGUUUAUCAACCUGCUAUGCCGCCUCGGUGUAUCAUAUCACUUCGAAACUGAGAUUGAAGAUCAAGUAGAUUAUGUUCAUGAUGCUCUUCCCUAUCUUCUUGAAAAUAAUGACCACGAUCUCCACACUGUUGCACUUUUAUUUCGAGUUCUAAGGCAAUAUGGAUGCAAAGUGUCUUCUGAUGUGUUCAAGAAAUUCAAGGACACCAAUGGUGAGUUCAAGAAAACCAUUACCAGUGAUGUGAAAGGCAAUCUUAGCUUGCACGAAGCUGCCUAUUUGAGUGUCAAUGGAGAGCAAAUCUUAGAUGAAGCCUUGGAGUUUUCAAGGACAAACCUAGAGUCCUUGGCAACGCAGUCAGGCCCUCGUCUUGGAAGACACAUUAAGUAUGCUCUGAUCCGACCGAUCCACAAAACCGUUCAGAGACUCGAGGCCAGGGAAUUCAUCUCUUUUUACGAAGAAGAAGAUUUUCGAAACGAAACUUUGCUUAAAUUUGCAAAACUAGAUUUCAACAGGGUACAAUUACUGCACCAGCAAGAGCUAAGCACACUCUCAAGCUGGUGGAAAGACUUAAAUUUGGUUGAAGAGUUGCCUUAUGCAAGGGACAGAAUUGUUGAGAUGUAUUUUUGGGUCAAUGCAAUGCACUUUGAGCCUCAGUAUGCUCUUGCUCGGAUCUUGUCCACAAAGCUUGGAGCUUUGAUCACCGUCAUAGACGACACAUAUGAUGCGUAUUCUACGUAUGAAGAACUUCAACAUUUUACCAGGGCUGUUAUCAGAUGCAAUAUCGAUGCCAUCGAUCAGCUACCCACGGAUUCCAUGAAAGCUCUUUAUAGGGCUCUCUUAAGUUAUUUUGAUGACGUUGCAAAUGAAGUUAGCAAGAAUGGAAAAUCCUCUACUGCUGUCAAUUAUGUGAAGGAGGAGAUGAAAGAGAUGAUAAGAACCUACAUAGUCGAGGCUCAAUGGUGUAACGAUCGUUUUGUGCCGCCAUUGAAUGAGUAUGUGCGCAAUGGAAAAAUCUCGAUUGGUUUUAUGGCAACGACAACAGUAUUCUUCGUAGUUGAAACUGCAAGAAUCAAAGAAUUGGAAUGGUUAACAAGUAAAGCGAAAAUCUCCGAGGCAGGAUGUUUGUUUCUCCGCCUUAUGAAUGACAUAGUGACCCAUGAGUUUGAACAAAAGAGGGAGCAUUGUGCUUCAGCAAUUGAAUGCUACAUGAAAGAAUAUGGAGUCUCCAUGAACGAGGCAGUUAAAGAGCUUCAGAAAACAUGUGCUGAUGCAUGGAAGGACAUUAACGAAGACUGCUUGAAGCCCACUGCCAUCUCCAUGAAUCUCCUUAACGUGUGUGUUAACAAUGCACGUGCAACAGACGUCGUUUAUGAGAGCAACGACGCCUACACAAAUGCAUCAUGCUUGAAAGGUCGCAUCAGUUUAUUGUUCGUGGAGAAAAUACCCCUUGAAUCGAACUCUUCAAGGUCAUAG